AUGGAGAAUAUUUUGAAAUUGAAAAUAUGGAUUUCUGAUAUAAUGUCUUUUCCUUUAUUUGUAUCUGCAGAAGAAAGUGAUUAUAAAAUAGAGAGCUCAAAUAAUCAGGAGGAUAAAGAAAAAGAGAACUAUAACGGUAAUGACGAUGAUAGUGAUGGUGAUGAGAAAGAUCCUGAGGAUAGUAUGCCAUUAAUUCAAGAAGAAUGUUUAAAUACCAAGAAAUGUGCACUUUUAAAGCACCAUUAUGAUGAAUGUCAAAAGCGUAUUAUUUCAGUUAUUGAAGAAGCUGAGGGGGGAAAAAUAGAUAAUGAAAAUUGCGUUGAAGAAAUGUUCCAUAUGAUGCAUUGUAUUGGUAAUUGUUCUGCCAAUAAAAUUUUUUCGGAAUUAAAAUAG